AUGGGAAACGGGAAUCUUCAGCAGAUGAUUGUGGAUUCCAUUGGUUGGCUGCCGGACGAGCAGCUUUGCCAGUCCAUUGCACGAAACGUUGCUCUGGACGUCCCAAGGGCGAAAACCGCACUGAAGAAAUUGCGGAUCAUCGAGAAAGGGAUUGGAACGAUGCUCAUCAAUGCAGCGGAUACCGGGAGUUUGACCAGCCUGGAACCCCUGGACAUCAAUCCACUGCGAUUGGUGACACUGGAUUGCCUUAAAUCGAGCAGAUGGCCCGACCCCCUUGGGUGUGGCCCCUCAGUGGCCAUUGCCUGGGGAUUGAUGAGGAUGAAUGCCCAGGGUGGAAGGACAUUGGGUCAGGUCACAAAUUUCUCUCCGGAUUGGCUGUGGCAUGCCAACCAAGCCUUCCUGCCAUUGAGUCUUCGCACGAUGCUCAUCAGCCACUGGCGGAUUGUGCAUGUGAACCCGGUUCCGACGAUCCCGGAUUCAUUGGUCUCCUUUCCUUGCUUCAUCGCAUUGCCGAACACAGUUGCUAUGCGAUUGGUCGAGACAGGCAGGCUAUUGGUCAGCGAUUUUCCGUGCCAACAGGCAAAUUCUUUCCUUUCAGUGGCACACAGCCUUUCGAAGCUCCUGAUGUGGAUUGAUCAGAUCCCAAGCAUCAAGGCAUUGCGAGAUGAGAACUUGAUGAUCGUUGGCGUGAACCACGCAGUGGGAAGAUUGCCAGUUGUGUUGAAGAACGCUGAAGAAGUGAGCACAUUGGUGGUCUUGGACACGCAGACCACAUUGCGUGAGCUGACUGAUGGUCUCCAUUGGGACAUGGUGCAUUCUGGACAGCAUUCCAUCCACCGGCACAUUGCGUUGCCGUCGAAGCUCAGCUUCCUAUUGGGAGCAGGUCGCACAGCAGGACCCGGAGCCUCAUUGCAGAGCACAUUGGCAAGCCAGCGGAAUGCUUUGAGUCGGAACAGCAUUGGCAGCUCGGAAGUGACGAUCAUCGACGAUGCUGGAAGCCGAUUGCGAAUCACCACGACGAUCAACAAGAUCGAUUGA